AUGGAUGUUGGCGAUCUCACCAUCACGUUAGUAAUAUUAGAAAAGUUAUUAAGAAAAAAACCACCAAACUUAAAAUGUAAAAGAGUUCUAGACAAAACAGAAACAGCUAGUGUGCCACCUGCCAGCGCACCAAGCUGGUGUUUGAAUAGAGAAGCACUUGAAAAAUUUAACCGUUUAACCAAAAAUAUCCUGGUUUAUGAUUAUGAUACUGAUGAAAGCAUCAUUCAAGACAACAAUAGUGCUGAUGAUGAUGUUGAUAAUAACGUCGUAAAUAACAAAAAUAACAAGAAAAGGAAAAAAAAGAAAAAUAAAUCUAAAUCAAAAAAUAAAAAAUCAAAAAAAUAAAUUUUACAAUUAUUACACUUUUGCCUAAAUAGGUUUAUCGUCAAAAAUACUAAUCAGACUUUAAUAAAAAUCAGAAUUCAAACAUUUUCAUUUAAUUUUUUUAAAAAUUGAUUGAUUAAAUUAAAAAUAUCAUGGUUUGAUAAAGCUAUAGAUUACAGUUUAUUUUUUAUUAAUAAACAAGUUACGGUACUGAUUACUUUAUUACAGUAACAAUUUAAUUACUGAUAAGGUAUUUAAUAAGAUAUCAAAAACU